AUGAACUUAUUUCGUGGCCGAGCCGUCACUGAUCAGGCGUUUCCGUAUCCAUUGAAUCUCGACGACGAUCGUCGCGAAACACUUCAACUGAUAAUUCGUCCAACAGAAAAAUUCCUUGAAGAAGUGAACGAUGUUGUCAAAAACGAUCAGACAAUGGAAAUUCCGAAGGACGUUCUGGUACAGUUUGCUGCGUUAGGUGCACUUGGUGCAGUGGUUCCGCCUGAGUACGAGGGCGCUGGUAUGAAUAACAGCCAGAUGGCAAGACUAGCGGAGAUCGUGGGUGCACAUGACCUUGCUCUUGGCGUUGUUAUGGGAGCUCAUCAGUCGAUUGGCUACAAGGGUAUCCUUUUGUUCGGAACAGAUGCCCAGAAGGCCAAAUAUUUACCGGACUUGGCGACUGGUCGGAAGUUCGCCGCUUUCUGUCUUACCGAACCGACUAGCGGAUCUGAUGCUAAUUCGAUUCGAUCUCGUGCUGAGAAGUCUCCAGAUGGCAAGCAUUUCAUCCUAAACGGAGGGAAGAUUUGGAUCAGCAAUGGAGGUUUCGCCGACAUAUUCACAGUGUUUGCUCAGACACCGAUAAAGAUGCCCGAUGGCAGUGUAAGGGAAAAAGUAUCCGCUUUUAUCGUCGAGCGUGCUUUCGGCGGUGUAACAAGUGGUCCACAGGAAAAGAAAAUGGGUAUAAAAGGGUCAAAUACCACGGAAGUGCACUUUGACAAUGUGAAGGUGCCUGUUGAAAAUCUGCUAGGUGUCGAGGGUGAAGGAUUCAAAGUGGCGAUGAACAUUCUUAACAACGGCCGGUUUGGAAUUCCAGCUGCGUGUACGGGAGCUAUGAAGUACUGCAUCCAGAAGACGGUCGACCAUGUGACGCAGCGCGUGCAGUUUGGUCAGACUUUACAGGAAUUCUUCAAUGUUCAGGAGAAACUGGCAAACAUGGUAGCCCGUCAUUAUGCCACAGAAUCGAUCGUUUAUCUUCUUUCCUCAAAUAUGGAUCGCGGAAUCCAAGACUACCAGCUGGAAGCUGCCAUUGGAAAAGUCGCGGCAUCAGUAGGACAAUUUCCAUUCUUUCGUAAUGCUAUAGAAAUUCUUCAGGAAAAUGCAUGGUGGGUGUGUGAUGAAGCGAUUCAGCUGCAUGGUGGCAUGGGAUUCAUGGCGGAGACUGGUCUUGAGCGUGUGCUUCGGGAUCUUCGGAUUUUCAGAAUCUUCGAGGGUGCCAACGAUGUGAUGCGGUUGUUCGUCGCGCUUACGGGUGCGCAGUAUGCUGGGAAACACCUUCAACAAGUCGCAAAUGAAAUUAAGUGUGGUGGAAUUUCUACAUUAUUGGGGCAGAUAUUGCGCACCGAAUUCUAUUUGACAUGUGUAUGUUUUAACUGUUCCAGUGGUAGCACGGGCUCGAACUUCGCUGCUGUUGUUGAUCCAGCUCUUACAGAAUCCGCGUCGCAGCUUGAUGCAUGUAUCAAGGAGUUUGGAAAGACGAUUGAAAGUCUGCUUAUGAAGUACAGGAAGAAGAUUAUUGGUAGGUAUCCCCAUCCGAAAGCUAACUUGUUUAUGAUUUCUUUUUGCAUUCUAUAA